AUGGAUUUCACACGCAAGAACUCGGCCACUUCCACCCAGUGCUCCUCAUGCGGCGGGGCUACCUGGGGCUCGGCUUCCCAGGCCAGCGGUGGUGCUUCGUCCCAGAACGGCCAGACGCAGACCGGAACCCACCAGCCGUCCUCGUCCUGCAUUUGCGCUCUGCCCUGGAGGAGUGAUGCCGGGGCCGGCUCGUCCGGCCGCGAUGGCCCGCGGUCGUCCAACAGCACCCGAGCUGGCUACAGUAGCGGCGGCGGCGAGCGGGGCAGUGCUACUAGCGAUGGCUAUGACAGAAACACGUCACCCCCUUCCAGCGCCACCGACGGCAUGGACUACCAGCUUCAGGGAAGCUCUGAUGCCUACUCCCAGCGCUCGUCAACUGGCUACACGACCUACUCCCAGUACUCAUCGACGGGCUACGAACCCCAGGCUCAGUACCCGUCGGCGGACUACUGGUGUCCUCGCAGCAGCGCCGGGGCUCAGGAAGCGCCCGUGUCGCCACAGCUCGAGCGGUUCCAGUCCUCGACCAGCCGCUACGACAACCCCAGCGUCUGGAUGGGCGGCGGCUACAGCGGCCUGGACCCGUCCCAGCAGAUGCUCGACAUCGGCGGCGGCAGCCCGGGCACCUCGCAUGUGGAGACUCACCUCGAGGAGAUCAACCAGCGGCUGCCGCGGUCGUGCCAGCCGGGCAGCAGUGCCCUGACCCGCCGCAACAGAUGAACCGAGGAUUGAUUCUUGCCGUGCACAUCGUCAACGCCGCCUAUGGGCCCUUGCUGGAGAAGCUGCUGUUUUGAUUUGUAUAUCUCUUUUCACUCUACCCUCCUUGAUCUCCGGCGGACCUCUUGUCGUCAGCCGGAGCCUACUGUUUGUGCUUAUUCAUGUAUCGUUAGUUUUAUCAAAGGCUGGCAAGGUUUGAAAAGGAGGAUGGUGUCUUUACAGGCUAGAUCAGGGAUGGCUUCAUUUUAUUUCCAUGUAUCAACGUAUUGCGUGUAUUUCUUUCUGUCAGCGCUCACUUUCAUACAGUGUUUCGGCUGUCCUUACCUAGAUGGAAAAUGGGUAGUUCGAUUGCUAGGUUAACAAGCAGUUUCUUUUCGUCGA